AUGCAUGAGCCCAAUGAGACCACAAAGAGGCCAGCGUUUCCCCCGAUAAAUCCGCAUGCUGUCGUCGCCUACUCCAACGCCUGUGACGCAUCACUUCUAGACAUCCACGGUGACUCAGAUGAUGUCCACAGAGACAAUGCAUACAUCGCGUUAUUGGCAUUUUCAGCCAUUGCCGUCCUGUUCGAGUUGACUGCCCUAACGGUGCUGGGUCGAUCGUCAGCGGUGAGAUUCGGAUCGAUGCGUAAGAGCCUUGUUACACUGACAGUGAUUGAGAUGUGGCUAAAUACCUCAAUUUUUGUGCAUAAGGCCUGGGAGGAGUUUGCCACAAUGCGGCAUGAAACGUUUUCCGAAUUCUGCUUCUCCUUCUUCCUCUUCUCCAUAUUGAACAGCGCCAUCUGUUCGAGGAAUUGGGUUGUUACGUUGAUUGCACUGGCGAGAUGUGAGGCUAUCACUCGUCCUGUCGCUAGCCGUGUUUCCACACACAUCUUCAGUCCCAAACGCCAGCUAAUGUACACUGCCACGUUAAUCAUCUGUGGCUUCGUCUUAUCGACUCUUCGAUUGGUAUUUCGACAAAUGCUUGUUUGCACAAACCUCAAUAACGCUGUUGUCCAGGUGGAGGCAAAUCGGACUUGGGUUCAGGAUGUGAGUGAGAAGGUGUUCUUUGCCUACCAGUCAGCUAUUCCAAUAACAAUCGUUACCAUAUCGACGUUGUUCAUGAUAGUCAUCCUCCUGAGGCAUCGAAUGCCUUUUGAAAAAAAAGGAUCCAUCCGACAAGCGCAGUGCAGGGACGAACGGAGUUGUGUUGUUUCUUCUCUCCAUGAAGUCCGACAGGCGCAACGUCUGCCAAACCAGAUCAGAGCGACGCGGUUCAUACUUCUCAUAGCCACAGUCUUCAUUGUAUGUGAGGCGCCGGUGUUUUUUGCGGUGGUUUUUGUUGAAGCCAUCCCCAGGAACGCUGUGAUUGGCAUUUUCAAGUAUCUGCGUUUCCUCAUUGUGGCGGACUCUUUUGCCAAUUUCGUGAUUUACCUUCUUACGAUCAAGCCGUUCCGCCUUGAGUUGGUGCGCUUGUUGUCCUGCCACACUAAAAGCAACUCUAUGAACCCAGCGGAGAGAGUGAACAUAGGUCGCAGCGUCGCCAACAAAGAACCGCGUGUUUCACGGACCAGCAUUACCCGAACUUCGGCAAUAUCGUAA